AUGGCUGCUGCGUUUAGCAGCCAUCGCUUCCGCCACUCCAAGCUCUCAGUACUGAUCCUGGCACUGGCCACGGUGGUGGCCGCCGCACGGGCUCAGCUGUCGCCGACGUUCUACGGCCUCGUCGUGCCCUGCCGCGCUCGUCACCAUCAAGACCGCCGUGAGGGCUGCCGUGGUGCUGGACCGGCGCAUGGGCGGCUCCCUGCUCCGCCUUCACUUCCACGACUGCUUCGUGCAGGCAAGUCCACAGCAGCUGGUCGAGGUCUCGGAGGCCCAUCGUGGACGGUGCAGCUCGGCAGGAGGGACUCCACCACGGCGAGCCUCUCCACCGCGAACACCGACCUCCCCUCGCCGGCGUCCAGCCUGAGCACCCUGCUCGCCGCAUUCGCCAGGAAAGGCCUGAGCAGCACCGACAUGGUCGCUCUGUCUGGUGCGUUCCUCACUGUCACUGAUCAAUCAAUCACGGUUUCAUCAGUGAUCAGCCAGCACCAAAGCGCCUGA